AGGUCCCCUGCGCUGCGCCAUGGCCAUGGCGCCCUCUCAACAAGUGUAGCCUGGCAACCUCUCUCCCACCAGGGGGCUCCCCGCUCCACUGCUAGCCUGCUUAGAGCAUCUCCACACCGCAAGUCCGCAACGCAAUGCCCCCACCGCGGCCCCGCCUCCCCGCCUCAGCCCCACCCACCCCCGCCCCCGCCCGCGCGCUCUACUCGUCCUCCUCCGCUGCCGCGCGCGCCCACGACCCGCUCGACGGAAUGCCGCACCGCUGCGCCGCGGACCGCCUCGCGCACCUCCCCCCUGCGCUCGCGGGCUUCGUCCGCGCGCGCGCCGCGGGUGCGGCGGCCUCCGUCCCCUGCAGGUUCUCCUACGGGAACUCCCUCGCCGCCUGCGCCGCCUCCGCCUCGCCGCUCGCCUUCGCCGAGCAGCUCUACUGCGCCGCCUGGAAGGACGGGCUCUCGCGGGACGCCUACGUCUGCAGCGCCGCGGUCGACCUUCUCGCGAAGCACGGCCGCCUGGAGGAUGCACUGCGGGCCUUCGAGGACGGGGACCGCGGUAGCGUGGUCUGCUGGAACGCGGCCAUCUCCGGGGCGGUGCGUAACGGUGAGCACGCGCUCGGUGUAGAUAUGUUUAUUGAAAUGGUGAGGGGAUCCUCUUGCGGGCCAAACUCAUUCACGUAUUCCGGGGCGCUCAGCGCUUGCGCGGCUGGCGCAGAGUUGGGGGUUGGGAGGGCGGUGCAUGGCAUGGUGCUCCGUCGUGAUCCCGACUAUGAUGUCUUUGUUGGGACAUCCAUUGUUAACAUGUAUGUGAAAUAUGGCGAGAUGGGUGCUGCCAUGAAUGAGUUCUGGAGGAUGCCGAUCCGGAAUGUGGUUUCAUGGACAACUGCUAUCGCCGGUUUUGUGCAUUUGGAGGAGCCAACAAGUGCCAUGUUACUGCUCAGGGAAAUGGUCAGGUGUGGCGUGGCGAUUAACAAAUACACCGCUACGAGCAUAUUGCUCGCCUGCUCUCACAUGUCCAUGAUACGGGAGGCUAGCCAGGUGCAUGGCAUGAUAAUGAAGACUGAUCUGUAUUUGGAUCAUGUUGUGAAGGAGGCUUUGAUUUCCACAUAUGCAAACAUUGGGGCUAUUCAGCUGUGUGAGAAGGUGUUUCAAGAAGUUGGCACAGUUAGCAACAGAAGCAUCUGGUCGGCUUUUAUAUCUGCGGUUAGCAGCCAUAGCCUACAAAGAUCAAUUCUUCUGUUAAGGAGGAUGCUAUGUCAGGGCCUGAGACCGAAUGACAAAUGCUAUGUUUCUGUUUUCAGUUUUGUUGAUUCAAUUGAACUUGGCAAGCAGCUGCAUUCAUUGGUCAUAAAGGAUGGGCUUGUUCAGGCUGUUCUUGUGGGAAGUGCACUUUCCACCAUGUACUCCAAAUGUAAUGAUUUGCAGGAUAGCUACAAGAUUUUUGAAGAGAUGCAGGAACGGGAUAAAGUGUCAUGGACAUCAAUGGUUGCUGGUUUUGCAACACACGGUCAUUCAGUUGAGGCAUUCCAGGUGUUUAGGAAUAUGAUUGUUGAUGGUUUUACAUCAGAUGAUGUGUCCUUACGUGCCAUUCUUUCAGCCUGUAAUAUACCUGAGUGUUUGCUCAAAGGGAAGGAAGUUCAUGGACAUGUCCUUCGUGUCUAUGGAGGAACCACAUCCAUUGACCAUUGCCUUGUUUCCAUGUAUUCCAAAUGUCAAGAUGUACAAACAGCUCGAAGAAUUUUUGAUGCAACUCAAUGCAAAGACCAGGUCAUGUUAUCUUCAAUGAUUUCUGGAUACGCUGCAAAUAGUUAUAGUGAGGAGGCAAUCUCAUUGUUUCAACUGAUGCUAACAUCUGGUUUUCAGAUAGAUAGAUUUGUAUGCUCAUCAAUUAUUAGCAUAUGUGCUGACAUGGCAAGACCAUUCUAUGGUAAGCUAUUACAUGGGUAUGCAGUGAAAGUAGGCAUACUAUCUGACCUGUCUGUGAGCAGUGCACUUCUAAAGCUAUACUCGAAAAGUGGCAACCUGGAUGAGUCUCGUAAACUUUUUGAUGAGAUAAGUGAUCCGGAUUUAGUUACUUGGACAGCUAUAAUUGAUGGAUAUGCUCAGCAUGGAAGCAGUCAGGAUGCUUUGGUGAUGUUCGAUUUGAUGAUUAGAUGCAGAGUAAAACCAGACCCUGUCGUAUUUGUGAGUGUUUUGUCUGCUUGUGGCCGUAAUGGUUUGGUUGAAGAAGGUUUCAAAUAUUUUAAUUCAAUGAGAACUGUGUAUGGGGUUGAGCCAGUGUCGCAUCACUACUGCUGUAUGGUUGAUUUACUUGGUCGGUCUGGGAGGCUUGCAGAGGCAAAAAGUUUUAUUGAGAGUAUGCCUGUAAAACCUGACUUGAUGGUGUGGAGCACACUGCUUGCUGCUUGCAGAGUUCAUGAUGAUGCUGUACUUGGACGUUUUGUAGAAAAUAAGAUCCGUGAAGAAAAUUAUGAUUCAGGUUGCUUUGCUACUCUGUCAAACAUUCGAGCAAAUUCGGGAGACUGGGAAGGAGUAAUGGAAAUAAGAAAAUCAGUCAAGGAUGUGAAGAAAGAACCUGGAUGGAGUAUGUUGUAAGAAUAAAAAUGCUUCAAGAGAUAUAUUGUAUUUAUGAACCUGGAUGGAAAUAAGAAAUCAGUCAAAUAUGUUUUUUAUUCAAUUUACGAGAGUGGUAUGUUUUAAAUAAUUAUGAAUUGUCUACAAUUAUUUGGAGGAUGCUUUGAAAAUGCAGAAUUUGCUGGAAGAGUUCUACGAAACCAUGGUGUCCGUUAACCCAUGAUUCUUUGGAGUGCACGAGCACAUAUUUACCAGAAGUGUGUCGUCACUUGCAUGGUUUAUGUUGGACCAUGAGACCAGCUUUCUGACAGUUGGACAGAGGGUCCUAGCUAAUCCAUUCCAAUGAAAGAAAAUUCCAAGGCUCCGACUCCUCACCCUGCCUUGUUCUUCGAGCUGCUUUAAAACUGAGCGCCAAGGCGGAACCCUGCGCCACCAGCACAGAGAUAACACCCACUAAAAUCCCCCUCUGCCCUUCCAGCAUCCACAAAUGAGGCAGCCAUGCUCUCUCCUACUCUCCCUACCCUACUGUUCCUCCGCUGCUCCAUUGUGAUUCUCAAAUGCCUCCACCCGCCUCACCGGCCCCACCUGCCCGACGUCCGUGACGUCCGUGUCCUCUGCGGGGUCUUUUCUACUCGUCGGCCCCUUCCCGCGUACCCUACCUGCUUGAUGGAAUGCCGCACCAUGGCGCGGACCACCUCCUGCCAGUUCUCCUAUAGGAACACAUACUGGCAGCCUGCACCAACGCCUCUGGGACGAACGCCAUGGCGCUUGCCUUCGUUGAGCAUCUUUACUGCACUGCCUGGAAGGACAGGCUUCUGGUGAUGCGCACGUCUGCAGCACCGCCACGGUGAGCCUUCUUGCCAAAGCCGGCCACCUGGGCGAUGCUUUCGGGAGCUCGAGGAUGGAGAGAACUGGUGCAUUGGUGUUCUAGAUUGCGGUCGGCUGAUCAUCUCGGGGCUGGGGCAGAACGGCGAACAUGCACUAGCUCGCCAUUGUGAUAUUCAGCUAAAUUCGUUCACGUGCUCCAGGCCUCUCCGUGCAUGCACCGCAGCUUGGAGUUAGCAGCUGGGAAGGCGGUGCAAGGGAUGGCGCUCAGAUGGGACCCUGAUCACGUGUCGGGUAACAAAUACACGGCCAUGAGCAUACUGCUCAGUUCCUCAAAGAUGUAUAUGAUACGACAGGUAGCCAUGUCCAUGGCAGGAAUAUGAUGACAGACUGUUUAGGUUGUGUUGUCACAGAGGCUCUGAUCAAGGUAUAUGCAAAUGUUGGCGCUAUUCGGUUGUCCGAGAAGGUGUUUCAGAGAAGCUGGCAUGGUUAGCAACAUGUGUUCUUGUGGGAAUUACAAUUACUCUCCAUACUGUACUCUUAGGUGUGAUGAUUUCGGAAGAUAGCUACAAGGUCUUUGGAGGGAAGGAUGCAAGAACGUGAUUAAAUGCAAUGGACAACAAUGGUUGCUAGUUUUGUAUCAGAUGGUCAUUCAGUUGAGGCUUGAGGCAUUCCAGUUAAAAAAAAUAUGCUGAUGGAUUCACACCUGAUCCUGUGUUGUUAUCUGCUAUUGUUUCAGUUUUUAUGGACCAGAGUGUUUGCUCAAAAGGUGAUGAGACUCAUGGACAUGUCCUUCACAUCUAUGGGAAAAUCAUUGUUAAAAUGUUAAAUAUAUCAAAGGCCCAUAUAUUCUAGGCCCAUGUGCUCUCUCUUCAUAUGCACACCUAAAGACAAAUGGCUAGCAUCUUUUCCACAAAUCAUUCCAAGGUAACAUGGAUUAACCAUUGUUUUGUUUCCAUAUACUUCAGACAUUGAGAUGUUCAAAGAGUUCGAAGAAUUUUUGACGCAACUCCAUUCAAAGAUGAGGUCGUGCUAUCUGGAUAUACUAUAAAUGUUUUUAGUAAGGAGUGGAGCUGCUAUUCGACAUUUCUGUGGGAGGUGGAGGGCAAGGGAGAGAAUCACAUGGCAUGCUGCUGGUCCAAUCAUCUGGAGAAUCCACCUCUAAAUCAAAUGGAAAUUUUAUUUUUCGUUGACUUCCACACUCAAUGCCUGAACUGAAUCCAUUACUAGGUUUUCUUGAAUAUGGGUCAUCAUCUUUAUUUCCAACACCUCCAUUUGUGUCUAUACCCCAAUCAGCUGUGUAUCCAUAGGAUGGUUCAAGCUGUUCCAUCUCUGUGUUUGGCAAAGCUUCAUUCAUGCUAUUGAGUAUUCCAGGGGCCAUACUUAGAAGCACGGAUGUGACGGCUGAUGAUUUCUGGGGUGAUUGUGUUUCAAAUGGCAAGAUGAUCGUACUGCUAUGGAUGUCUUUCUCUGACAGUUGAGGUGAAGAUGGGCUGUGGUUGAAGUUAAUGAUUCUACAUGACGAGCCAUCUUGUGAACUGUUAAGCUUCUGCUGCUGCCGUCCCUGCAAACAAUGUUGGCUGUUGUAUUGAUUUGGUGAGCAAGAGGAGCUUUCCAAAGCAAAAUGGGAGGCUUGUAUGGACUGCAAAGCAGAUAGCAGCUCUGGCUCUGUCAUUGCAAUUGAUUGAGGACCCCAGGAGUGAGACAACACCCUUUGUGCCACAGAGCUAGGCUUUUUAAAUAUCCUGCAAAUAGCCCAUGAAUCCUGUUUGAUAAAAGAAAAUUAUGAGAACAAUGGGACACAUAGGUAUUUUCUUAACUUCUGUGCUAUAAUUGAAUGCUCAGAGUAAACUGCUUACAUUGGCUGGAAUAUUUUUGUCUUUUGGUGUUUUGGGAAGUGAGGGAUCAUUGAGUGAAGGCAUCCUGUACUCAUGCAUCAUCCAAUCUGUCUUGAUCCCUUUUGCUGCUCUCCCUUUAUAAAAGACAAGAGACUUCUUCAGGCCUAUGCACUUGGUUCCUUCGGAAGAGUAUAUGGGCCUAUCUGUUCCUGUUGCUUUCCAGAAUCCAGCUCCUGUGACUCUAUUUGGUCUAGCACUGUUCCUAUACUUCCGGUCCCUUGGGCAGUAAAAGUACAAUUCUUUCUCCCCGGUGCUUGCAAGCUCUGUGCAAGAGUAAUUCAACAAGAAUAUAUGGUUGCAGACAACAAAGGUGAAAAAUUAGACAUGAUGUAAGAUGUCAAGAUGGCAACCAUAGUAUUCUGAUGGGAACUUACUAUCUACUAGGUAUCUACUUUUUUUUUGAGGGAUACUAGGCAUCUAUUAGUUUGAAGAUGAACAGCUUGGAUGUGUUAAUAUACUAGUGAUAUCAAAGAAAAUGAAUGUGCACUA